AUGGGGCCGGGAACACUGCAACUCGCUCUUCUUUCCAUGAUACUAGCGUCCCAUAGCACUGAAGGAGUCUAUAAUAUAAAGGACAUGGAACCAAUCUCUCUAGACAUAGACUCCACAGCCACUAUAAGGUAUACAUAUACGCCAGUUCAUAAUAGUUCGCCUCUCCUAUGCGUCAACCUUACUUCCUAUGCAAAGACGUCGACUGUGAGCGUAUCUGUAGGGAGGAUACCGCUUUUGUUAACGACGGGAAGCAACAUGACUGCCAUUCCGUUGGAAACAGUAGCCUCCUUGAUUCAGCUAUCUGAAAGCUCUACACCAUCUGUCAUCGAUUUCACAGUCCAGGCUACCAUGCCUACGACCAUAAACUUCACAGCCGGGCUCUUUAGGCAGUUGAUAUAUGGAAAAAGUAUAACUAUUGCUGGCAAUGCACGUGCAAGCGAGCGUGUUCUCGCCUUAGCAAACGAUGGACUCCAUGACAUCCUCCUCACAUUCUCUGAUGGCGAUAAAACACCUGCGAACGCUCCUCCUACUUGCUUCAUCGAUCUUCAUUCUCAACCGUUCGCUACAAAAAGAGAGUCGCUGGCCAACCCUACCACCCUACUCAUUCGCUCUGUUGGUAACACGUAUCAGUACGUUGCUGCUACCAACGACCAAGAGGACCACUUAACGCUCCCAAAGCGCCUCUUUAUGGAGUCAAGCUUCUACUACCUUACUGUCAAUCUCCACGACGAACUCUCCUCUUUGACAAUAUCGUAUGUUGAGCGCUACCAGCGCUUUACUCCUGACUUGCAGAUAGACUAUUAUAAUGUACCCAUACACUAUACCGUUGACAUAUCUGACUAUCGAGCAGGAACACAAAUACUAAUAGGCUCGACCUGUCUCGACGCCGAGCGCAUUCCUUAUUCCUCCAUCAGGAUCUGUCUUAGAUAUAAUAUCCUUAGUGUAGCCUGCUCCCUAAUACUGCAGAACACUCUUCGGUACGCGUGGAUGACCGUACAGGAGGUAACUCCGCCAGGAUACCUUUCCUCUAUCUAUGUCUCCGACUUAUCCUCGUUUGCCGGGUACCAGGCCUCAACGUCAGCAGAGAUAUAUAAUUUAAAGAGUGCCGGGAGCUGCAAGAUAUUCCUUACUAACGUUAACUUCAUAACCGGCGCCACAGAGACACUAUCCUUCGUGAAUAAAAAUAAUCGCAACAAGGCAACCCUUCUCAUCAUAGAGAAUCCUGGCUGGAUAGAUGAUGAGCUCGUUGUUGUUAUCACGCUCCGCCCGUUCUACGAAGUCUCUAUUCCCAACUUUCACCCGUAUGUGCAGUUCUUCUUAAGUACUACGCUUGUCUAUCCGAACGAAACUCAUAACUCUCUUGCUUACGUUAUGAACUUCCCCCACCUUAGUGGAGUUAACUAUGCAGGGAGCUCUGUCAUACCAACCUAUCUCGAGGCAAUAACAAAUAAAUCUGCUGUCCUCCGGAUUCGCCCAGAAGACUUCUCAGUACAGCCAGAUACCGGCUCAAUCUAUAUAAAGCUUGAACAUUCUGUUGAUUUGGAUCUCCUGAUUCUAAACGCGGCCAAGCCAGCUCCGUUGAGACCAGGAUUGCUCUAUGGAACAGAGAGCAAUCCACUAUCGGCCUUGAACCUAUAUUACAUAGACUCUGGCCACACUACGGGAGUCAGCACUCUCAGUGGGUACAUCUAUUUUGAUGUUUGUAAUACGUCUCUGUUCCUUUCAAAUCAAAGCAACAAAAAACCAAUUAAGCUCCGCCUGACCGACAACAUGGAUCAUUCGGGAAUCAAUUUCCUGGACAUGCUUGUUCCUAUCACAGAGGCAAUGGUGUAUGCCCCUGUGUACUCGUCAUACGCUACAUUUGUUAGGAUCCUUGAUACAGAAUAUGUCUCUCCCUCAGCAAUCUCUUAUAAAAUUGGGUAUUUAACAAGGUUUGCGGGGAUCAUCAUUGGCGAUUCGCGAGUUAGAAUCCAUACGGGACUUAUGUCUGACAUAAUUGAGGUGGAUAGCGCCAAGGCACCGGCACAAAGGUACACCGCUUACACCGGAGAGGCCGGCAUUCAUAUUGCAUACGCCGUUUACUUGGUCCCGUGUGCAUCCGUGGCUGAGGUUAGACAGGCCUAUCCGAUGGUCCCUAUUUCCAGAUGUGGGCUAGAGGGGGCACUAGAGCAUACACCUAGUGUACAAGAUAUGGAUACAUCUAAUGUUGUUUAUAGAGUAAGCGAGUGGGUCGUUGCACCCGCUGCAGACAAUACUGAAAUAUAUACUCCUGAGUUUAUCGAGCAAGCAAAUAACACCUGGUCCAUGCUUCGCAUUCCCGUUGACCUUCCUUCGUACAAGCACGAGCCUUACUACUUAGUGGUUGUGGCAGCUGUCGAUACCGCUGCAAGCAAUCUUACCAACCAGCCGAUAGUAGACCCUAUCUGGGGGCACACCAUCGAUAGGACUACCAUUCAGUUUUACGAGACUCGGUAUCUUUCCUCUUCUUUCAGUGGAGAGGAGUUCAUAAGCUUUGUUGGUUAUCAUUCUAAGAUGUCUAUAGCCCUUAUUGUCGUGUUCUGGUCCGUUGCGACACUCAUCCUGCUCCUCUUCAUCACGGUCCUCUCUCUGUUCUUGAAAUAUAGAUAUAAAUAUACACUGGCAAGCAAGCGAGCAAAGGCUGUUCAGUUGGUUAAUAGAGAACUAAGCAUAGAGUACGGCCCCUCUCGGUUAGGCAGCUCAGAUCUGAAACAAAAAACCCGCAGAGGACAAGCAGGAAAUGGGCAGAUUGAUCAGGCAUACAGCUCUAUGGACAACAUGAGCUCCCACUCCUUGCCGCUACUCCAGUCCUACUCACCCUCACAGUCAGGUGGACGGCAUGUAGCAAUCCCAGACUUCUCGCAUCCGUUCUCGAAAGACCUCUCAUCGCAGGAUAGCAUCUUGGACCGCCAGGACAGGGCAAAAAGAAACAGAAGGCAGUAA